UUCCUGUUGCAGCUGUUGUCAGAUCGUAAACCAAACGAUAGUCAGUCAGGGAAAGACGCUUUGCCUUACACUCAAUGAAUUAACAUGAAUACAUUCAUUUUAUUCUUCAUCAUCCCUGGAAUUAUCAUAGGUUUAUCUGAAGGAGUUGGUGUGUUACCAGAUGGUCCUCUGAUUGCCCCUGUUGGAGGAAGAGUAAUGUUCACAACAAGCUUGAAUCCAACAGAGACACCAUUUACGCUGGUCAACUGGCAGUUUGAUUCUGGUUCAACACCUAAGCCCAUAAUUUUCUCUCUUACUACUGGAAACACAACUGGGUCAGGAUAUGAAGGCAGGAUCACUCUCUUCAGAUCUACUGGAUCUCUGGAACUCAGGAAUCUGAAACUCAGUGACAGUGGAGAUUACUUAGUUACCAUUCAAAGUGUAAUGGGCCAACAGACAGGACGCACCUCACUGGAACUAUAUGAACCAGUCUCCAAUGUCAGAGUUUCCACACUAAGUGCAGACUUGAUUGAGUUCACCAGCUCGCUUCAUCUGUCCUGCUCCUCUUCUGGAUCUUCUCUCUCCUUCAUCUGGAUGAAAGGCAACUCUGAGGUUACAACCAAUAACAGAGUUCAGAUCACUACAAAUGAAGAAAACUCCAAUCUGACUAUAGUCAAUGUGACCAGAAAUGACCAGGGAUCAUACACCUGCAAUGUGUCCAAUCCUGUCAGUUCAGUCAUCAGUGAUCCAGUAGACAUCUCUGUUAAUUCACCAGUCUCUAAUGUAAAAGUUACUCCAGACGUUACCCAAUUGAUUGAGUUCAGUGGGUCUGUCAGCUUCUCUUGCUCUUCCUCUGGAUCUUCUCUCUCCUUCCUCUGGAUAAACAGCAGCUCUUUGAUUUCAGCCAGUGACAGAGUUCAGAUCACUGAUGGAGGAUCCAAGCUGAAGAUAUUCAAUGUGACCAGAUAUGAUGAUGGAUCAUACAGCUGUCAUGUGUCCAAUCCUGCCAGCAGUGCCAUCAGUGAUCCACUACACCUCUCUGUCAGCUAUGGUCCAGAAAAUGUCAACUUAAAAUCACAGUCUCAGAAAUAUCCAGAAGGGUCGAACAUCCGUCUGUCUUGUUCAGCUGACUCCAGACCUAAUGCCAGUUUUCAGUGGUUCUUUAAUGGAAACGUUCUGCCUGGUUCUGGAUCUCAGCUUGAACUCCUCAAUGUUCAGAAGAAUCAGAGUGGAAACUACAGCUGUCAGGCCUUUAACAGCAGAACCUCAAGAUAUCAAACGUCUGAAGUUUCAAUUAUCUCUAUAGAUGAUGCUAGUAAACCUGCAGGUCUCGUUGGUGGAGCCAUUGCUGGAAUAGUAAUCACAUGUUUGUUAGUUCUUGCUGCAGGAGCUGCUGGAGGAUAUUUCAUCUACAAAAGAAGAAAAGAUGUCAAACCUGGACCACAUUCAGGCACAACAGAGCAACAACAUGAUUAUGAAAACAUGCCAAAAAUAAAAAAAAAUAAAAAUAAGGAAGAAAGUCAUAUUUAUGAGAAUUCUGCAGCUACACAAAGAAGUAAAGAACCAGAACAUGUGUAUGAGGAAAUGAGACGGAUAAAGAAGAAAUAAAAUAAACAGCCUUUGGUUCUUUAAAGAUCAUCUGAGAAAAAAACAUGAUACAACAUGAAGAAACUGGUACUGGUUCUGCUGUAUUUUUGCCUUUUGGGUUUAUUCCUAUUUAUCUCCUUGCUGAAAGUUUUAAAGUUUUACAAUAAUGAAUCAAAUAUGUAAAGUUUUAUACAUUCUUCAAACAUUGCUAAAAUGUUCAUUCACUGUAAUCCUCCAAAUUGAUCUAGAGUCAGAAAAUAAUUUUAAAAAAGUUUCAUCAAUGCAAGUCUUUGAUAAGAUUUGGUUUCAGCUAUUCUAUUUAUCUACUGUUGACUGUAGUGAUGCCAAGCCUUGACUUUUCAACCUCUUGAUCCUCUGCUAUGAUUGUAACAUUUUGUGAUUAGUUAUUUAGGUCAGAUUUAGAUGGUUGAAAAGGAGUGCAAUAUCUUGUCUCGCCACAAUUUAUGAGAUGCUGUUUUGCUAAAAAGAGGAAGCCGUAGAGACAAAAGUAAACAAGAACAACAUAUUCAGGGAAGUGACUCAGUGGUAGAGCAGAAGCUCCAAAUAUGGAGGCUGCAGUUCACAAUGCAGAUGACCUCAUUUCACUUCCAGGUUUAGAGCAAUUUGAUGCAUGACUUCCUCUUUUCUCUCUGCCUUUCUUCCCAUCAAGCUCCUGUUGAACAGAAACCAUUAUUGCCAU